AUGCAAUGUUCACAUCGUUUCUUUGCAUAUUUUCUGCUCUUGGUCGCGGUCCUUCUCGAUUCCUUCGAUCUCUGUACAAAUUUUCCCACAAACCUCUACAUUUCUUCCUCCUGCCGAUCGAUCCAUGUGCUCUCGGCUCCCUUUGAUCGGAAAGGAACAGUUUUGUCUCACGAUUUCAAGCGCAUUUUGGUGGAAAAUUGGCUUUUUUUUCUCAGCAAUUAGGGGGGGAUUCUCGGUGCUUCCGUCUCGAAAUUGUCCGCCAGCGGAAAUUCUAGGCAUUCUUCUCCUAGGCGGUUGGAUCAUCUGCGGUGAUGGUGGGAAGGAUGAUGCGAUGGCGGUCACGGCCACCGCUGCCGAAUAAGUUCAAGGUGAGGCUACAGGUGAAGAGGGUCGAAGGGGUAAGAGCUGAGAAGGAGCCGGACGUGGAGAGAAAGGUGAUUGCGGAGGUAAGAUGGAAGGGGCCGAAGGUGACCCUGAGCUCGCUCAGGAGGACGGUGAAGAAGAACCGGACGAGGGAGGAAGAGGUGGGCGAUGGAGGCGUGGUAGAGUGGAAUGAGGAAUUUGAGUCCGUGUGCACCCUGACUCCUAACAAGGAGAAUGCAUUUUAUCCAUGGGAGGUUGCCAUCAAUGUGCUCAAUGGCUCAAUCCCUGUUGCAAAGAACAAGGUAUCUCUUCUUGGGGUGGCUUCAAUGAACAUUGCAGAAUUCAUAACUGCUGAAAAGGAGGUUGAUCUAAGUCUUUCGUUGUCAUUGCCUAGUGCUGCAGAGUCUCAGCUAUCCCUUCACGUAGCUCUUAAUAUAUUGGAAUUUAGAGUUUCUAAAUAUUCACAUGAUAUGAUACAAAGGCCACGUACAUCUCCCGUAUCACCUCCCUCUGUAGAAGUUAUCCCUUUUGAAAAAGACGAGCUUCCUACUCUCAAAGCUGGAUGGAAGAAGUUUGUGUCUAUUCGGAGAUCCAGUAAGGCAUGCCAAGAUGACGAUGGCAGUGAGAAAUGCUCUUCUAGGAGUGAUGAUGCAGAGUAUACUUAUCCAUUUGAUAUGGAUUCCACUGAUGAUGAUGAUGACAAAGAAAUAGAAGAGAACAAGGAGGAUAUUAAAAUUAGGAAGUCAUUUAGUUAUGGCACAUUAGCAACUGUUAACAAUAUUAGUUCUGAGAUGAAAUCAGAUGGAGAGUUUGAGGAUUGGGUAUAUUACAAUCAUCGAAAAUCAGAUGUAAAUUCUUCACAUGUGCAGGAAAUAUCAUCAUCAGUUCCUGAACUUAAGAUGCCAAAGAGGAGCAUCCUUUCUUGGAAGAAAAGGAGGUUGAGAUUUAUAUCACCUAAGCCUAAGGGGGAACCAUUAUUAAACAAAGCAAAUGAAGCGGGUGGAGAUGACAUUGACUAUGACCGGAGGCUGCUUAGCUCCUCAGAUGAAUCUCAUUUUUCAAUCGGUUACAAAGGAGAGGAGGAGGAUGCUACAGACCAAUCAUCCGUAUCCAAAUUCGACAAUGACUGCUUUGUCGUCGGGAGAUGGGAACCAAAAGUUAUAAUGAACCGUGACGGGAACAUGAAGCUUGCAACUGAAAUCUUUUUUGCAUCUAUCGACCAGAGGUGCGAGAGUGCAUCAGGUGAGAGUGCUUGCACUGCUCUUGUUGCAGUUAUUGCUGACUGGUUUCUAAGAAACCAGGAUAUGAUGCCUGUCAAAUCACAGUUUGAUAGCCUCAUCCAAGAAGGCUCCCUUAAGUGGAGAAAACUUUGCGAGAACCAGGAAUAUAUGGAACGCUUUACCGACAAGCACUUUGACCUUGAAACAAUAAUUGAAGCAAAGAUUGGGUCAGUUUCUGUGGUUUCAGAUAAAUCUUUGAUUGGUUUUUUCCAUCCCGAAGGCACUGACUGCAACAAUGCCUUUAACUUCCUACAUGAAGCCAUGUCUUUUGACAGCAUGUGGGAUGAGAUCUGCCAUUCUGGUUCAGAAUGCUCAAGUAAUGGAAGCAAAACCCAAGUAUAUAUAGUCAGUUGGAAUGAUCAUUUCUUUGUCCUCAAGAUUGAACAAGAUGCUUACUAUAUAAUUGACACACUUGGUGAGCGGCUCUACGAGGGGUGCCAGCAAGCAUACAUCCUAAAGUUCAAUGACAACACAUCCAUUCGUAAGGUUUCUAGUAACACUGAGUCUGCAAGCGCCGUUGCUGAGGGCUUUGAUCAGGAGAAUGACAUGUCUAUGGAAGGAGAUCUUGUGUGCAGGGGGAAGGAGACAUGCAAAGAAUACAUCAAGAGCUUCUUAGCAGCCAUUCCAAUCAGGGAACUGCAAACCGAUGUCGAGAAAGGGCGGAUCACUUCAACUCUCUUUCAUCAACGCCUUCAGAUUGAGUUCCAUUACACUCAGUGAUCCAGUGAGCUCAGUCGCUCGACUCCGUAUCAACAUGCAGAUGCUACAGCUCGAGAAUUUACGCAACCGCCAGAUGUUCUUGUUGUAUAGAAUUUAUGAUCUUCCAGGCUAUCAUUUUUGUGGUUUUGGGUGAUGGCUAAUAGAGAUUAGUCUCUUUUUUUUUUUCACUUGACCUCAACUAACAAUAUAACUUUGUGGUAUGUUUCCGGCCCUAUUAUGAAGCUGGUCUUCUAGUAACAAAUGAAUACAGAAUUUGGUUGGAA